AUUUACUGUCUGCUCUUACCUUUCUUGCUUGCAACGACCAGUCUACUUGCGCAUGUCUGUCUUCAGUUUUUCUGGCCAUGAUUCUGAUGAGGAAAAAAGCACUGAAAUUCUAUCUUUGAUCACGUCGGCCAGUCACGAUGGAGAUUUCAAGCCAACUUUGAAGGAGAUUUUCGAUGAACUAGCCAAGGACGACUCUACAGCAUCACUGCUAGAUCCGCUGAAUACAUUACCACCUCUUCUCGGUAGCGCACAAAAGGCCGCCGCGGAUAUUCUCAACCUCAUGGGGAGAUGCUGCAAUGCGAAGGAGGUCGUUAUUGGCGUACAAGAAGCCGUGGAACGAUUAGAACAUCACCUCGCUACCGAUUUUGAUGAUGAGCACGACAAACCGAAUGGACAGCUCUUGACGCUCGUUAGGAUGUAUGCUACAGCUAUUCCGCGUCUCAAGUUCAGGAAGAAACCUGCGAGCGAAACCUUGAAACCUAUUAUUAUGGAGCUGGUGUCUGCAUUCCGUCGUGCAGGACCGCAUAGCUCUCGGGACGAAGGUCGUCAGAUCAUGGAAGCUAGUGCCGAUCUCGUAAUAAAGCUGGACUCAUGGGCAAAAACGCAGCCGGAUGCGCAAAAGGAUGAGAUAGCAUCCUGCCGGACGCUGUAUCAGAAUCUUCUCGACAACGCAGUAACAUCGUAUCAGCAAUGUAUACAGGCAUCGCUUGCGACGAGGAUUUUCGCAAAACGGUUUCCACGAUUGAGCUUGCGUUCCGUUCCCGAUGCUGGAUGGGAAGAUGGACAGAAGGCGAUCAAUGCAGUUUUGGAUUCGUACAAUUUCAUUGGCUUCUCAGUCGAGGCCAUGACUUCGACACCUUCGUUAUGUCACUUCAUUCUCCUCGCUUACUCCCCGGAGGACUCUCUCAAAACCAUCAGAACUUUAUCUACGAUGGUAUCCAUUGUCAUCAAUUGCAUACAUGCGAACCAUACCCUAGAAGAAUGUGUCUCGUAUCUUCUAGAUGUUCUCUGUCUUCACAACACCGAGAUACCUGAAGAUAUAUCAAUACCACUAUGCACUGUCUUACCAACGUUGGCUAGCGCGCACCCCAACUCAUCCCUCCGUCACCAGACGUUUCGUGUCCUCUCAUUAAUACUCUCGCUGUCCGCCCCUCCACUCCGGCUUCAAGUCCUACAAGAUCUCUGCUCGACAAGUGACUUCCCUCAGAUGAGAGUUGCGGCAGUGGGCCUCGUGAAGGAAGCCGUUGUAGAGGCAUUUGGGAACCGUGCACCUUCGUCGAAUCUUUUUGCUUCUCCCCGAUUCUUGCAGGUCCUUGGACCUAUAUUGUUCCGCCCCAGCCCGCUUGAUUUCUUCUCGCCGGUCCCUUCAUUGACUGUUUUGGAAGAAUCUUCUGAACCUGUGCGACUCGUUGAGUGCCUCGCCUUACUUUACAUCCUUAUUCUGCAGGAUAAGAAAAACCAGACUGGGAUUCGUGACCAGGAUAAUUUGAAAAAUAUCAAACGUCAACUUCUUGAGCCAAUUAGAAAAACACUGUCCAUCUUGUUGAAUGACCCCGAGGUCGCGAAGAAACACGUACAUGCUGUGCUUCCUCUUGUUGCUCUGAAUGCUGGGAUCGAGAGACUCGAUGAAGCAAUCAAGAAAGAAGGGCUACUGACUUUACACUAACGGAACCGUAUUGACAAGUAAGCGAAGGACAGACUUGACGGCCUUUAUGUAGCUGCUGUCACUGAUAGAUCAGCAGCAUCAGUCUUUGCUGUGUAUUAUCUUAAUGAUACAGACUUGAUUGUAGUAUGUGAACUGUCACGUUUCUACCCAAACCCCGUCUUAUCAUGAUGUUUCUGCCUUUCAGACCGCGACAGGAAGAUCUCAGCGAAGAACACAUUAGAUGGGCACGGGAUGCGUCUCCACCACUAUUGAUCGUUGGUACUGUAACAAUAUAUAUAUCCCAGUUUCGCGGGUUUUAAUCCGUACCCCUUC